AUGGAACCACCACUGCCUCCAGACUCCUUUGGCAAUUACUACCGCAUCACUAUGACAACUCCAUCGUUGAACACAGGACAGGAGUGUCAUGAUCUUGAUCUAGUGAAACAGAUAAGGGAUCAGAUAAAGAAGAUUGACAUAGAUUAUGUGAGAAAACUCCAAGAUGGAAAUGAGCAUUUUAAUUUCCUCAAGGAUAUUUCAUAUAGAGUGCUUGAGAAGGGGGAACUAGUCUCGUUUAAUAUCACUAGUUUGUGUAGGUUUCCUUUGUACGACGCUGAUUUUGGAUGGGGAAAACCAACGUGGAGGCAUAGAGGCUAUGUUAGCUUGAAGGUGGAGGACAUGACAGAGUUCGAAGCAGAUGAGGAUUUGCUUGCCUUGGUGAAUACAGCACGGGCUUGUUGA